GGCGCGGCGGCGCGGGCUGCGGCUUCCGAGUGCGGGGCGCCGGCCCCUUGCACCGCGGGCCCCGGGGACCAUCGCAACGGCGAGCCGGCCGGGGAGGGUGGCGGCCACGUCUUCCUCCCCAGGCCCGACCGCGGCCCGACGCCAUGGCGCGCGUCCCCCAGACGGGCCACUUUCGAUUCCGGGCACCGCAUCAGCCAGCUCAACCCUUUAAAUUUACCAUUUCCGAGUCCUGUGAUCGGAUUAAGGAAGAGUUUCAGUUUUUACAGGCUCAAUACCACAGCCUGAAGCUGGAAUGCGAGAAGCUCGCCAGUGAGAAGACAGAGAUGCAGCGGCAUUAUGUCAUGUAUUAUGAGAUGUCCUAUGGGUUGAAUAUUGAAAUGCAUAAGCAGGACAGAGAAAAAUGGAGAGAGGAGGGGAAGACAGAGAAGGGGAGAGAAAGACACCUGCAGACCUGCCUCACCGUCUGUGAAGUGACUCCCCUGCAGGCAGAGAUUGUCAAGAGGCUGAAUGCUAUAUGUGCCCAAGUCAUUCCUUUCCUGUCCCAAGAGCACCAGCAACAAGUGGUGCAGGCUGUGGAACGGGCCAAGCAGGUGACCAUGGCAGAACUGAACGCCAUCAUUGGGCAGCAACAACUCCAGGCCCAGCAUUUAUCACAUGGACAUGGUCUUCCGGUACCUCUGACCCCACACCCUUCGGGACUGCAGCCCCCAGCCAUUCCACCCAUUGGAAGCAGUGCGGGACUUCUGGCCCUUUCUAGUGCCCUAGGAGGACAGUCUCACCUUCCAAUUAAAGAUGAAAAGAAGCACCAUGACAACGAUCACCAAAGAGACAGAGACUCCAUCAAGAGCUCUUCGGUAUCCCCAUCAGCCAGUUUCCGAGGUGCUGAGAAGCACAGAAACUCCACAGACUACUCCUCUGAUAGCAAAAAGCAGAAAACUGAAGAAAAGGAAAUAGCAGCUCGUUAUGACAGUGAUGGUGAGAAAAGUGAUGACAACUUGGUGGUUGACGUUUCCAAUGAGGAUCCAUCUUCGCCUCGAGGGAGCCCAGCACAUUCCCCCAGAGAGAAUGGCCUGGACAAGACACGCCUGCUUAAGAAAGAUGCCCCUAUCAGUCCAGCCUCAAUUGCAUCCUCCAGCAGUACUCCUUCCUCCAAAUCCAAAGAACUUAGCCUUAAUGAAAAAUCUACUACUCCUGUUUCAAAAUCCAAUACCCCUACUCCACGAACGGACGCACCCACCCCAGGCAGUAAUUCCACUCCCGGAUUGAGGCCUGUACCUGGAAAACCACCAGGAGUCGACCCCUUGGCCUCAAGCCUUAGGACCCCAAUGGCAGUACCGUGUCCAUAUCCAACUCCAUUUGGGAUUGUGCCCCAUGCUGGCAUGAAUGGGGAGCUGACCAGCCCUGGAGCUGCCUAUGCAGGUCUGCACAAUAUCUCCCCUCAGAUGAGUGCUGCUGCCGCUGCAGCUGCCGCCGCUGCUGCCUAUGGGAGAUCACCAGUGGUUGGAUUUGAUCCACAUCAUCACAUGCGCGUGCCAGCAAUACCUCCAAACCUAACAGGCAUUCCAGGAGGAAAACCAGCAUAUUCCUUCCACGUCACUGCAGACGGUCAGAUGCAGCCUGUCCCCUUUCCCCCCGACGCCCUCAUUGGACCUGGGAUCCCUCGACACGCUCGUCAGAUCAACACCCUGAACCACGGGGAGGUGGUUUGUGCAGUGACCAUCAGCAACCCCACGAGACAUGUGUACACGGGUGGGAAGGGCUGCGUCAAGGUCUGGGACAUCAGUCACCCGGGCAACAAGAGCCCUGUCUCUCAGCUUGACUGUCUGAACAGGGAUAACUACAUCCGUUCUUGCCGAUUGCUCCCCGAUGGCCGUACCCUCAUAGUGGGAGGGGAAGCCAGCACUCUGUCCAUUUGGGAUCUGGCUGCCCCAACCCCUCGCAUCAAGGCAGAGCUGACAUCUUCAGCCCCAGCCUGCUACGCUCUGGCCAUCAGCCCUGACUCCAAGGUCUGCUUCUCGUGCUGCAGCGAUGGCAACAUUGCCGUCUGGGACCUGCACAACCAGACACUGGUGAGGCAAUUCCAGGGCCACACAGACGGGGCCAGCUGUAUUGAUAUUUCCAAUGAUGGCACCAAGCUCUGGACGGGCGGCCUGGACAACACAGUCAGGUCCUGGGACCUUCGAGAAGGGCGGCAGCUGCAGCAGCACGACUUCACCUCACAGAUCUUUUCGCUGGGUUACUGCCCCACUGGAGAAUGGCUUGCAGUGGGGAUGGAGAAUAGUAACGUGGAAGUGCUCCAUGUCACCAAGCCAGACAAAUACCAGCUACAUCUUCAUGAGAGCUGUGUGCUGUCACUCAAGUUUGCCCAUUGUGGCAAAUGGUUCGUAAGCACUGGAAAAGACAACCUUCUGAAUGCUUGGAGAACACCUUACGGGGCCAGUAUAUUCCAGUCCAAAGAAUCCUCAUCGGUGCUUAGCUGUGACAUCUCUGUGGAUGACAAGUAUAUCGUCACUGGCUCUGGGGAUAAGAAAGCCACGGUUUAUGAAGUCAUUUACUAAGGACAAAUCUUCAUGCGAACUGGACUCCUCCUUGUAGCACUUUGUUCUGUCAUCCUUCCCCUUCACAUCUAAAACCAAGGAUUUCAAAUACUCAUUGCAGUUGUGGAUUUGAGUCCCCUUUCUCUCCCCUGCUUCCUCCAUGCUAUUGAAUUGUGAAUACUCAUUAAGAACCUGUGAUACCAAAUCUUGAGCUAGCGACUUGGAAGAACAUGGAAUAACCAUACUUAACAGUGAAUGGAAACUUUAAUUAUGUAUUAUAUCUGUAAUAUAUUUAUUUUGUUUAAAGAAGGCUUUCUAACAAUGGCUGACUAAAUAAAGCUGUCUGCUCCUGCAAUGAUAGUGAAGGUGCGUUGUAUUUGAUCCCCCCCCCCCCUUUUCUUUUUGGCAAAAGAGGGGAAAGGAAGGUUUAAAAUAAUUGAUUUAAAUUGUCACUAAAUGUAGACUAAUGACUGUAUAAAGAUGUGAAAUGUAUAAUUACAUAUGGAAGCAAUAUGUUGGCUGUGUUAGAAUUUUGUUUUCUACUUAUUUUAAAGAUGUUUGAAAAAUUGAGCAAUUAGAACAUGACAGGCCAAGUCAUAUUCAUUUGAGUCUUUUUGGACAACUUUAACCAAUAUAUCUAGAGCUUUAGAUUAUAUUCGAUAAAAGUAAUUGAACUUUUUCUUUUUUGACUCGUUGACAAGUGUCUUUGUAAUAUGUUUUUAAUUCCUUUUUUAUUGUAUUAUAGACAGAAGAACAAAUUAAAUUUGGCCUCACUCAGAGAGAACUUAAUUCCUUCUGGAUAUUUUUGUCAUGUUUCUUUGCAAAGGGAAAUGCCUGUCUUUGGGCAGUUUUGUCAUUACGAGAAAUUACAGGCUAUUUUUUAGCAUGUUCUGGGGGAGCUGCACAGAUUCAGAGAAUUUCUCCCACUGUGCAAGUCAAGUCUUUUACAAAACAAACAAACAAAAAAAGAGGAGGAUUUGCAAGGACCUCCCUCUGAAAACCAGAAAGGAUGGACUCUCACCUGGGAUGAGGACUUGCUUUCUUUACCUCCAGUUCUUUCCAUGUCUUAGUUGGAUGUCCCUGAAAUGGACACAGGCUAUGCCAUUGUGCCAGAAACAUUGUGUUAUCUUUUAUGUUGUUGUUGUUGCUGUUAAACUAUGAUAUGUGACUCCUUUUUUUUAUUAUUAUUUUUUGUUUGAAUGCUUUAAAAGAAAUCUUUUUAAGUCUGUGGAUCUGCUGAUGUACAGUGCCUUUGCUGCUAUGGAUCAAAAUCAAGAGAACUGUGUAGAUAAACUUUAUUGUAUAAGUAGAAAAUUAAUUUCAUACUAGAAAUGGAUGGAUGCUGCAAGUUGAAAUGGACUGUCCAUUGACGUUCCUAACGUGGUAGCAGAAAAAAAAAGGUGUCUUAAGUGCUUAGUGUUUGAUGUCAUUAAUAGUUUCGUAAAACUCUACAGUGUAGAAAGAUUUUGAUACUAAACUGUGCAUUGUACAUAGUUCUAAUGCAUUGUAUUGACCACCAGUACUUCUAUAAUGGUAGAUUGUUUGUGCAUUCAGACUUUUAAGCAUUAAACAUAAAUAACUUCUAA